GUAUCUAAUAACUGAAGUUGGAGUUACUACUGAAGUGAAGAUACUGAGUUUUAUCCGGAAAAACAAAAAUGGAGACCUCUCUGCGAUACGGAGAAGAUUUCAAAGCUCUGCGAAUUCAUGCUAAAGAAAAACUUCGAAUCAAUUCCAACACCCACGUGCAGAUGAACGGAGAACUUGACACGAAAGUUGGACAACUAACUUCUUCCUCCAGUAUCCUUAUUAAACAUUUCUAUUCAAAUUUAUCGUCCAUUCUUGGCGUCGGAUUGCGACACGAUAAACGUGAAAAAUUCCGCUAUACUGUCAACGCAAAGACAACGAUUCCUGUCCCUGUCAGCGUUCUCAAGGGAUCAUCUGAGGUUGACAGGGAGUUCAAAGAGCUACCGAAUGUUCUCAAUUUUAAAAUCAAAGGAGCAUGUGACGUUGACAGGGAGUUCAAAGAGAAAAAGUCCAGAGUUGCUGUGGAGUUAUCGUUGAACCUCUUCAAUUUCCAGAAGGAUCAAGACAUUAGACUCAGACUUGGAUGCGAAUGUCUUGAAAAGGUUCUUUACCUGCAGAUCAGAGAGAAUAAUUGGACAAUAAAUGCCGAUUACAAAGGUAGAUGGAACGUGAGAUAUGACUUAUGAGAAGUGCAGAGAGCUUUUUUCAGCAUUGAUGUUCUGCUUGUCAUUUCUUGUAGACGUGUUCUGUUUCUCACCCUAACCUUAAGCCUGCCUUAUAAAAGGGACCAUGCAUAAAUUUAUGUUUAGUCAUGCGAAUUGCUUUGCAGGAACUAAAGUGAUUUGUUGAAAAUGAAGUUGCAUAUUGAUUUUACAA